AGAAGACAGGACAAGGAACAGUAGACAAAGCAGGUCGUAUAAAUCGUAAUUUGUGAAUGGUGUAAAUGAAUAAUGGUAACUGUAGCUGCCUAGUUUGAAAGAAAAACUGUUAACUGGCAAGUUUGUCAGAUAGCAAAAUUGGUAGACGUUGGCAGUGACACAAGCCAACAGGCUUUGGCGACAGAGGCAGCAGAGGCAGCAGUUAGCUCAUCGCUAGCUAACUGGUUAUCUUGAAGACAAAACCAUGUUCAGUUGAUAACCACCAUAGAUGGUUAUCUAGCUAGCCAGAGUAGAGACACGAUCAAAGCUAUCGUUAAUACAAAAUAUAUGUUUUCGUCAACUGUUAGCAAGAUCAUUGACGUUGGCUAAGUAACGUUAGCUUUUGUUGUCCAAGUGAGCCCCAGCCAAUGGCCAUUGUUAAAUUGACUAAGGCAAGUCACUGAAUAAUUUAUUGGGGCAAAAUGAACUCCGACGAGGCAGCAGCUCCAAAAUCUGUCACGGAGGAUGAUGGCAUGUCAUGGUGGUAUCGAUGGCUCUGCAAAAUCGCUGGGGUCCUGGGCGGAGUAUGUAAGUAAAAGCUAACCAUCCAUUUUCUUAUCUACUGUGGUUGCACCUGCAGACUACACACGACUGUCCGAUUCUGAUCGGUCCUGGCACACACCCCUUCCACGUCUACAGUCUCAAUGUUUUUAAUGGGGUCCAUGCCUUUCAUGCCCUCUGUAGCUCAGUUGGUAGAGCAUGGCGUUUGCAACGCCUGGGCUGUGGGUUCGUUUCCCACGGGGGGCCAGUAUAAAAAUGUAUGCACUCACUAACUGUAAGUCGCUCUGGAUAAGAGACUCUGCUAAAUGCCUAAAAUGUAAAUGUAAUGACGCAUGUUACUGGCAAGCAUGUCAAAACAAGUUUUUCCUCAUGACCCAUUUCUGGCAUACUAGCCUAUUCACAAAGAAGCAUGAAGAUUUUGUAUUUAUUUAACAUGGCCCUUGUACAAAAAUCAAAUCAAAUCAAUCAAUCACAUGCGCCGAAUACAACAGGUGGAGACCUUACCGUGAAAUGCUUACUUGCAAGCCCUUAACCAACAAUGCAGUUCAAAAAUAAAGUUAAGAAAAUAUUUAGUAAAUAAAUAAAAUAAAAAGUAACACAAUAAAAUAACAAUAACGAGACUAUAUCCAGGGGGUACCGGUACCGAGUCAAUGUGCGGGGGUACAGGUUAGUCGAGGUAAUUGUACAUGUAGGUAGGGGUAAAGUGACUAUGCAUAGAUAAUAAACAGCGAGUAGCAGCAGUGUAAAAUCAAAGGGGGCUGUGAAUGCAAAUACUCCGGGUGGCCAUUUGAUUAAUUGUUCAGCAGUCUUAUGGCUUGGGGGUAGAAGCUGUUAAGGAGCCUUUUGGACCUAGUCUUGGCACUCCGGUACCGCUUGCCGUGCAGUAGCAGAGAGAACAGUCUAUGACUUGGUUGACUGGAGUCGUUGACAAUUUUUUGGGCCUUCCUCUGACACUGCCUAGUAUAUAGGUCCUGGAUGGCAGGAAGCUUGGCCCCAGUGAUGUACUGGGCCGUACCAGGCGAUGAUACACAAGGAUUGCUGAUACACACACACACACAGAUUUCUGAGCAUUGUGCUGUUGGAUAAUGAGGCUAUAUUCUCUCUAGGAAGCUCUGUUGAUGUGCUUUCUUUGAAAUAUUAUAGUGUUUAGUCACUGCCUUCAGUCUCCUCACUGAGCACCUCUGUCUACCCAGACAAAGCACUGGCACACCACUCUACCCCCGCAUCUCUCUGUACAGAACUAAACCCUUUGGUCACAUGUUCCGCGGCAGGUAGCCUAGCGGUUAAGAGCAUUGAGCCAGUAACCAAAAGGUCACUGGUUCGAACCCCCGAGCCGGCAAGGUGGAAAAAAUCAGCCGUUCUGCCCUUGAGCAAGGCAGUUAACCCCCAACAACAACUGCUCCCCGGGCGCUGAUGAUGUCAAUCCCGGGCGAUUAAGGCAGCCCCCCCCGCACCUCUCUGAUUCAUAGGGGUCAGGUUAAAUGCAUUCAGUUGUGCAACUGACUAGGUAUCCCCUUUUCCCUUGUCCCCUCACUGCACCAGGAUGUUGGGAGUGGGCAAAAUCAUAGGCUGUCUGCUUGCCUGACUGGCACACAUCUCCUAAGUCAUAUCUAUUCAGUGAUGGCUUCCAUUUUAUAAUGUUUGCUAGAAUACAUCCUCCCUCAGGGACUCAGUGUGGUACCAAUAAUUUGCUUCUAAUACACCAGAUGUAUGUCCUUGAACUGAUUAUUUAAAAAUCUGCACACAGAAGAAGUUAUAAGGAUAAUUUAGUUGCUACAGGCUAAUGUUAGCCUGCAGUACCCCUGUCGGCCUUCGAUUUGAGAGGGGGCAGCACUGAGCUAGCAUGCAACAUCACUUCCUGGAAUAGCUCAAACUGUGCAUGUUAUGUCUCCAUGAGACGCCAUCUUAACCAACUUCAUUUGGCUUCAAUGUGCUAUUGAGUCUUCACAUAGGAAUGUAUGGUGUCACGUGAUCGAUGGCUUUGUCCAUUCAUAUAUACGGUCAUUGUGUGAGACAGAGGUGAUGUUUGUGCUUACGUUGCAGUUCCCAAGCAUUAGGCCUAUGACAGCCCUGCCCUCCCUUCUCACCUAUCCCUUUCCUGCCUUGCUGAUACCGGAGUAGUAGCCGCUGUAUCACAUUCACGUGCUGGACCGAUGCAUAGUCAAUGGGCUCUGUAUUAUUCAGCAUGCUGUAGAAUCAGAGUGCAGGAUAGGAUAGGUCCUAUAUGCUUCCUCUGUUAGCUGCUGCAGAGUAUUGCAUGUAUGUGUGUCUUGUCUGUGGUUUAUAUGGCACGAGUGUGCUAGCUAGCUGAAUGGUCUCGUCUGGUACUGUAGGAUUAUCAUUUUUUUGCCAGUGCCAUACGUUUAAUUUAAUCACACUAGUGUAAGAUCUCCAUCAAGGGCCUCUCGAAGUGGCUCAGCGGUCUAAGGCACUGCAUCGCAGUGCUUGAGGCGUCACUACAGACCGGGUUCGAUCCUGGGCUGUGUCGCAGCCGGCCACGACCAGGAGACCCAUGAGGCGGGGCACAAUUGGCCCCGCAUUGUCCAGGUUAGGGGAGGGUUUGGCCGGCCGGGAUGUCCUUGUCCCAUCACGCUCUAGCGACUCCUUACGCUGGCUUCGGUCGCCAGUUGUACGGUGUUUCCUCCGACACAUUGGUGCGACUGGCAUCCGGGUUAAGCGAGCAGUGUGUCAAGAAGCAGUGUGGCUUGGCAGGGUCAUGUUUCGGAGGACGCAUGGCUCUCGACCUUCGCCUCCCGAGUCUGUAUGGGUGUUGCAGCGAUGGGACAAGACUGUAACUACCAAUUGGGGAGAAAAUGGGGGGGUAAAAAAUAAAAUAAAGAUCUCCAUCAAUCAGUCACUACUAGCGUGAGGUUUCUCUCUAGAUAGAAAUCCUGAGCCGUGUUUUCAAGCUUUUUAAUGCCGCAAUAUGUACUUUUUUUGUGUGAACUGACCAAAUUCACAUAGAACUAGUAGUUAUAGAUCUGUCAUUCUCAUUGAAAGCAAGUCUAAGAAGUGGUAGAUCUGUUCUAUGUGUGCUAUUUCUAUGCCUCAUUUUAGGUUUUGUACACCUGCUUCAAACAGCUGAAACUACAGGAUUGUUGGUUAUGGAAAAUAUUUCACAGCGGUUUAGAUGGUACAAUGAUUCUCUACACUAAACUUGCUUGUUUUGUCACAUAAACUGAAAUUAGGCGAACUAUUAGAAUUUAAGCAACCAGGAAAUAGCUUGAGCAAUUUCUGCAUAGUGCAUCUUUUAAAUGGUUUGAAACCAAUACAACUCUAGCCCCACAAGUUAAUAAUUUAGCCAAAAUCAAAGUUGGGUAGAAAAACAUAAGAUGAGCUGUCUCAACAUCGAUGCGAUACUGUAGUGGGCUGUGUGAAUUCAUUUCCUUAAGUCUACCAGCUUGUGUGUGUACACAGUAUAAUGGAUGUAAUGCGAGUAAAUAUCCCAUCUGUUCAUAGUCUGAGUCCCUUCUCAUGCUCACAGUGUGGCCACUGGACUGGUAGUGCAUAUCAGGGGCCUAUUAGGAUCUUAGCAGGGGGCCUGUAAACUCUGAUUAAUACCCAUCAUCUGCCUCCUAUUUGUCUCAAAUAAAGCUAUCUGCCAGAGGAGAAGAGCUGAGCCUCUGUGGCGGUUUCCCUGGCAUCAAAACCAUGUUUGUUUAAAUGAGAAAUUCAGACCCUUGUGGUUUUCAGUUAAGCUUUAUUUGAUUUGAGUUUGUAUGAAUAAUUUCUCCAGUCAGAGUAAUAACACUAUUUCUCAUCUCUUUAACUUGGAACAAAGCCUCCUUUUAUUAUGGUCUGUUGGUAUUCAUGGUAUCCCUAUAUGCUGGAAGUGCAUAUUUGUGCCUGUUUGUACUUCAUCUGGUUGCAUUAUGAGAAAUGUAACAUUGCAUGUAAUAUAAUUUUCUCUCCCACCGAAGCAUGUGCCAUCUCAGGAGUGUGGAUGUGUGUCACUGUCAACCCCUUAAACAUCGCCGCUGGAGUAUGGAUGGUGUAAGUUUCAGUCUUCCACAAUAUGAUCCUUAGAUGCCUACAUACAGUAGUGCGUUUGCUCGCCUGUGUGUGUGUAUAAAAAGAUUCACCAAACGCUGUGUUAACGUCCUCUCCUCCUGUUUCAAGGUUGAAUGCCUUUGUGUUGUUCCUGUGUGAAGUCCCAUUCUGCUGCCAGUUCAUUGAGUUUGCGAAUGCAGUGGCAGCUAGAGCUGACAAAUUCAAGCCAUGGCAGAAAGCCUUCUUCUACUGUGGGUAAGAACUGGACUGAGACCUGCUGGCUUCACAGGACUCACCUGUCCAUUUGUCUAGGCUUAGAAUUUAAAUGAGUCUUUAACCAGUUGAUAAACCCACUACAGGUUUAAUGUGAUCCAGUGUUUUCCAGACUCCUUCCUCGGGACCCCAAGGGGUUCACGUUUUAGUUUUUGUCCUAGCAUUAGUUGAUUAUUUGAAUCACCUGUGUAGUGCUAGGGCAAAAACCAAAAGGUGCAUCCCUUGGGGUCCAAAGGACCGAGUUUGGGAAACACUGAGGUAAUCAAUCCGUUCAUCUUAUUUUUAGGAUGGCACUUUUUCCUAUAUCGCAGUUGAAAAACACAUGUCAUAUUCUCUGUAAUCAAUCACUCAAUCCCUGUUUUUCUUAUUUCCAGGAUGGCACUGUUUCCCAUAUUCCUGAGCUUCUCCAUCACCACAUUGUUUGGGAAUGCCAUUGCCUUCGCUACAGGAGUCCUCUAUGGUCUCGCCUCCCUGGGCAAAAAGUACGACUUUUCUAUUUAUACUUUAGUGCUAAGAUUUUGGUUUGAAUGUACUGUGUGUGUAUGUAUUUUAAUGUAAUUUAUUUCUCUCUCUCACACUUUCACCCCUUUCAGUUCAAAUUUCUUAAUCAACAUUUAGAUUUUCAGGUGUUAUUAAUCAGUAACAAGAUUAAUUAAAUGUAAAAUAAUGUAACGUCUUGUAACAGGAGAACUGCUUUGUUCUCAUACUCAUUAUAACCCUGAGUGACAAAGUAACCCUGUGAAUCUCUCGUUCAACAUGAUAUUUAACAUCUCCCCUGUUCUCUGCGGUGUCAUUUCUUCCCUGCUUCUCUCUCUCCUCCCUCUCCCUCUCUCAGGGGCGAUGCGGUGAGUUACGCCAGGCUGAAUCACGAGAAACAGGGGGAUGAGGAGAAGAUGACCGGGACAACUGACGGGUCAAUAUAGUGAGAUGGCUAUCCCAUCAUCCCUCUGUUCCCACAGAGGAGGAACACUAUCCUUAACCAAGGGACAACGAUGUCAUCCCUGCUCCUCUCCUUUCCUCCUCCCUCUCUGUUACUGAGUUAAUUUAUUUACCUAAACUGCUGCAUCUUUGAUAUCUUACUUGAUGUAAUUCGUCCAUAUAGAUUUAAUGUUUGGUCCUUUAGUGUGAAUUUUGUUUUCCAUGACAUUUAAGUUAAUGUAAAGGUUUGGCUGUUGUGUUGUUUUAUUCUGUUUUUGUGUGCUGUUUUUGUUUUCCUGGUUACUGGGGUUACCCUUUUUGGCUAGUAGGAAAAGUUAUGUACCAUCUUAGCCAAUCCGCCUUUUAAGAAACCUGGGCGAUAGUGAAUGUGAAAUAUUUAAGUAAUUUCCCCAAGACAUGUUACUUUCCUUGUGCUGCAGGAAAUUCGUCCAUUGGGACAGUUAUCCCAAACGUACAUCCAUUCCAUCCAGUGAACCCAAAGACGGGAGUCUUUAUUUUUUUAUAUUCCCUUACUUGCGAUAUACAAUGCAUGUUUAGGUUUAAUGUACCUACACAGGACCUAGGAAAAAAUGUGCUUGUAAUCAAACAGCUGCAUGUUGCGUUUAUCUUGAGAACCAGAAUAAGAAUGUGAGUUGAAUGGCUAUGCUGCUUUAGCACCUCUUUUUUAAACCUUUCAAAUGCUAUUGGUGUUCUCUUCUAGAACCUGGUUGAUCUAUGCCGCUUCAGAAUGUUUGUGACCCUACAUACAGUAGUGUGACCCGGCCCAUGGAAGCAUGCUUUAAGGACUGUGGUGAGGGAAUGUGUCUUGAUUCAGGGACUAUUUAGCAAACAGAGCCUUUGUCCCUCAGUCAGAUACAAUCUUAUGUCCAACCUCUGAUCACAGGUACAAAUGUGUUGUUCAACAACAUGCUACUGUUGGGAUUGUUUGUGUAUCUCCCACGUUAUCUCUGGAUUGGAAAUAACUUAAUUCAGUUACUAAUUAAAAUGGUCACCCACAACCAGUUCUCAGGUAGGCCUAUUUUUACUUCCUAUAUACAGUAUACCGAGUAACUAGCAAAAAUACUAAUGCAGGUCACUUUAACCAAUGCAAAGGUACUAUCCACAUGAACCAGCUUUUGUAAAAAGGAAUCAAACACUAAAAGCACACCAGCGAUAUUCUAUAAAAUACACUAUUUAGGCUCAAAGUUCAUUAAUAUGCAACAUAAGCAUGUUAGCAGCUUUACUGUUAUCACCUUUCUUGACACAGAAAGCAACUGGGGAAGAGCUAGAAAUUGGGUUGACUACAUGCAUGUUUCAUGCAUUAAAC